AUGUCUAUGCUUCCUGGCCCGGUGGCCACGACAGCUCCUACGGAGCAGAUGCGUGAGAUAGCCGCCUCGCCCGAGGAGAUUCGCAAGAUGUCCCUCGCAGGCACCCACCCUGGUGUCCGUCAACGCCUCUGGGGCUUGCAGGCGCGUCUCGACCCUACCGUCACUUUUGAGGAAUUCACCUACUGGGCCAAGGUCGAACGUGAAAUGGAGGAAGAAGAGUUCCGUCGCUACCAAUCGGUCACGUCCGGUGAUGGUUUCAUGGGUACCAUUAAGAACUAUUUCACAAGCAACCCUUACGAGGAUGCGAAGGUUCACGAGUCCAAAGAGGCCCCAAGCCCGAGCGAGCCUGCUCAAUGGUCUGAGAAGAAGUCGAGCGUGACUGUCUUCGGUGGCGACGACAAUGUCGCUCCUAUUGCACCCGCUGGUGUGCACGAGCUGGACGCCGAAUGGCGAACGGCCGCGCGAGCCCUCCGCAACGCUGGUUGGGGAUCCGUUUUCUAUCUGAUCACGACCGAUAUUCUCGGCUGGUCACAAACACCUUAUGUCUUUGCCAACACGGGUUACGGUCUCGGUGUCGGCAUUUUUGUGCUUAUGGGUCUCGCUGCCUUUGCCUCUGGCAUUAUGAUCUGGCGCACUUUCCUCGGACUUGAUUCAUCCCGUUACCCAAUUCUUAGCUUCGGUGACCCUUUCCUGCGUCUGUACGGACCCAAGAUGCGUCACUUUAUCAACUUUAUGCAGUCGCUGCAGAUGUUCCUGAGUGUCGCUGUCGUUCUUUUGGGCAACACGGGUAUCAUUGCCCAGCUUGCUGGUAGUGUCAAUCUUUGCUACAUCGUUUGCGGUAUCAUCGCCCUCGUUGUCAGCAUGGCAAGUGGCUACAUGCGAUCCCUGAAGCACCUCGGCUGGCUCUGCAACCUGUCGGUGUGGAUCAACAUUGUGACUUUCCUCAUUAUUAUCGUUGCGGCGGCCAAGUAUGGCCCUGACCCAGCGGCUGCGGUUGAGAACGGUAUUUUGAACAAGGCUUGGUCCACGGUAGAGACUAUGGCGCCUGUCAAGGUCUUCACGAACACCCCUCCCGCCGAGUACCAGCCUACCGACACCAAUCUGUUUGCUGCUCAAUUCAACGGUAUUAACUCCAUGGUCUAUGCCUACUCCGGAGCUGUCAUGUUCAUCGCUUUCUUGUCCGAGAUGCGCCGCCCUAUGGACUUCUGGAAGGGUCUUCUCGUCGCGCAGACCUUCAUUACUGUCAUCUACAUCUUCUUCGGUGCUUUUGUCUAUAGCUACUACGGCCAGUACAGCUACAGCAACGUCAACCAGUCCGUCCGUCCUGAGAAUCUUCAGGUCGUCGGCAACGUCCUUUCCCUCCUGACUGGAUGGCUCGCCAUUUUCCUUUACUUCAACGUUGGUAUGAAGACUGUCUACCUUGAGGUUGGCCAGCAAUUGUUCAACUUGCCCCCGAUUGCCUCCAAGAAGGGCCGAUACUUCUGGUGGGCCCUUGGUCCCCUCUACUGGAUCCUCGCCUUCGUGAUCUCCAUGUCCAUUCCCCAAUUCGGCGCCUUCACCAACUUCGUCGGAGGCCUAUUCUCUCUGAACUUCACCUACUCCUUCUCCGGAGUUAUGUACCUCGCCUACAAGAUCCAGGACGGCGCCAGACUCCCCGGUGAAGGUUUCGACCCUGUUACCGGCGAGACAACUCGUCUCGACAACGGAUACAAGCGCUGGAUCCGUGGCUUUAGGAAGACUUGGUACCUCAGCGGACCUAUCUUGAUCUACACCCUUUGCGGUUUCGCUACUUCCGGCAUGGGGACGUGGGCGGCUGUCCUGGCUCUGGAAGCCGCGUUUGGCCCUGGUGGCUCCGUCACUUCCUCCUGGACCUGCACUAACCCUUACUACACUGGUUAA